UAAUGUAAACCCACCCCACCCCACCCCUUCGCUUGAUUCUGUAGAGUUCGCCCGCUGUCUGAACUACCGCGAGCCUGCAAAUUCUCCGCCCACCUAAAUCAAAGAGAAAAGUGAUCUGCUGAUUUGGUUGGUAUUUCUCUGAGUGGUAUAGGAUGUCAACGGCGGCUCAGCUUCGUUAUUCUCCUCUUUCCGGCAGUUGUUGUCGGAAAGCCGGUGUUCGUCCGGUUACGUACGUUUCCGGUACAUUUGCUGACAAUACUUUCCGAAACUCAGUUUCCUUCCCAUCGCUGAAAUGCAGUGGAGAUAGUUUGUUAAACCCUAAUUUACAAUCCAAAUUUCCCCACCCCUGUGCUGGCGGUGGCGGCGGCGACAUAGGCAUAGGCCGGAGUGGUGGCAGUGGGAAUGGUGGCAGUGGAGGGUGGAGUAGUGGAGGUGAUUCAGAUGAAUCCAAGUCUUCAUCAGAUGGAUUUGGACCCAUUGGGGCAUUUCUUAGUGGAUGGAGAUCUAGGGUCGCUGCAGAUCCACAAUUUCCUUUCAAAGUUCUCAUGGAGGAAUUGGUGGGAGUCACCUCUUGUGUUCUUGGAGACAUGGCGUCGCGCCCCAAUUUUGGCUUGAACGAGCUCGAUUUUGUGUUCUCGACUCUUGUUGUUGGUUCCAUCCUGAAUUUUACACUGAUGUACCUGUUGGCUCCAACCCUCUCGGCUUCAGUACAGACUCUGCCUGGUAUUUUUGCGAGUUCACCUACGAGCCAUAUGUUCGAACCGGGAUCUUAUAGCUUGUUGAGCAGGCUUGGCACAUUCGUUUACAAGGGCACUGUCUUUGCUGCUGUUGGAUUUGGUGCCGGACUAGUCGGGACUGCCAUUUCCAAUGGUUUGAUUACUAUGAGGAAGAAGAUGGAUCCUAACUUUGAGACACCAAACAAACCUCCUCCGACAAUUUUGAAUGCACUCACUUGGGCAGCUCAUAUGGGCUUAAGCAGCAAUUUCAGAUACCAAACUCUCAAUGGAGUUGAGUUCGUGUUGGAGAAGGGAUUCCCACCAGCCCUCUUCAAGAGCUCAGUCGUGGUUUUGAGAUGUCUGAACAAUAUUCUUGGGGGGAUGUCUUUUGUGAUCUUGGCCAGGAUGACUGGAUCACAAAGUGUCGAUGGAGGGAAGACAAGCAGCAUCAAGGAGGAGUUGUCAGAAGAGAAAGAGAAGCUGGUGAGCGAGGUAGAUAACUUGCAGGCCAGCACGUCAUCCAAGUGAUCUCCGGUUAAAGAUCACUGCAAGGGCUGUUCUUCAUCUUUUGAUGCAGGUUCUGUUGGCUUCGAUUGAGGAGUGUUGCGGUUUUCUCUCCAAAACAGCGCCAAUUCUAUUCGAGAUUUCCUCGGACAGGAUGAACAACAACACCACUGUGAGCUGCCAUUUCUCUUUCUUUGAAACGCUUAUAUAUGUUGUUCCAUAAGAGUCAUCAUAAUCAUGCAGUGUUUUGGAUGAGUUUCUUUCUUGGUGCUUAGAUUCCUUAAUAAUCAUGUAAUAUUGGUUGAGUUGAUCGAAUCAAAUGAUGAUUAGCAGCUGUUGCUUUGUUUACAUUGAUGCCAGGCUUAAUUAGUA